AUGUUGGAUAUUAACCAAUUUAUCGAGGAAAAGGGUGGUAACCCAGAGCUUAUCAGACAAUCUCAAAAGGCUAGAUAUGCCAACGUUGAAGUUGUGGAUGAAAUCAUCGCUGACUACAAGGAAUGGGUCAAGACUAGAUUUCAACUAGAUGAAUUGAACAAGAAGCAAAACAAGGUUCAAAAGGAGAUCGGUCAAAAGUUUAAGAACAAGGAAGAUGCAUCUGAGCUUCUUGCUGAAAAGGACAAGAUUGUUGCCGAAAAAAAGGCCUUGACUGAGAAGGAACAAGAACAAGACAAGGACUUGAAGAAGAAGGUUUUUGAAGUCGGUAACAUCGUUCAUCCAUCUGUUGUGGUCUCCAAUGAUGAGGACAACAACGAAAUGGUCCGUUCUUGGAAACCAGAAACUCUACCAGAAGUUGGUACUAACGCCUCUUGCACCGGCAAGCCAGCUAAGUUGUCUCACCACGAGGUUCUACUUAGAUUGGACGGUUAUGACCCAGAAAGAGGUGUCAAGAUCUCUGGUCACAGAGGUUACUUUUUUAGAAACUACGGUGUGUUUUUGAACCAGGCCAUGAUUAACUACGGUCUUUCAUUUUUGGCUUCUAACGGCUACACCCCUCUUCAAUCCCCUGUCAUGAUGAACAAGGAUGUUAUGUCCAGAACCGCUCAAUUGUCCGACUUUGAUGAGGAACUAUACAAGGUUCUCGAUGGUGACGAUGAAAAAUACCUAAUUGCCACUUCUGAGCAACCAAUUUCUGCAUACCACUCUGGUGAGUGGUUCGAAAAGCCUCAAGAGCAAUUGCCAGUCCGUUAUGCUGGCUACUCUUCUUGUUUCCGUAGGGAAGCUGGUGCCCACGGUAAAGAUGCUUGGGGUGUCUUCAGAGUUCAUGCUUUUGAGAAGAUAGAACAAUUCGUGUUGACUGAACCAGAGAAGUCUUGGGAGGAAUUCGACAGGAUGAUCGGCAUGUCUGAAAAAUUCUAUAAGUCUUUGGGAAUUCCUUACCGUGUUGUUGGUAUCGUCUCUGGUGAGUUGAACAACGCUGCGGCAAAGAAAUACGAUUUGGAAGCUUGGUUCCCAUACCAGCAAGAAUACAAGGAGCUUGUCUCUUGUUCAAACUGUACGGAUUAUCAAUCCAGAAACCUAGAAAUCAGAUGUGGUAUUAAGAAGAUGGGUGACAGAGAAAAGAAAUACGUUCACUGUCUAAACUCUACUCUCUGUGCCACUCAAAGAGCUUUGUGCUGUAUUCUAGAAAACUAUCAAACCGAAGAUGGCUUAGUUGUUCCAGAAGUUUUGAGAAAAUACAUCCCAGGUGAACCUGAAUUUAUUCCAUUCACUAAGGAAUUGCCAAAGAACUCCACUUCCAACAAGAAGAGCAACAAAUGA